AACUGCACCGAGUGCAAGAAGAGUGUGUGUAACCAGUGUGGCUUCUAACCCCACACCUCAUCUUGCUGAGAAAGAAUGGUUAUGCCUCAACUGCCAGACCCAAAGAGCUCUCUCUGGCCAGUUGGACGAUAUGCCCCCUCCACCAUCUCCAGUGAAGAAGCAACUAUCCACACCUACCCCUACCCCUCCUGCCUCCCCUGCCAAAGUCCUUGCUUCCCCAGCUGCUGCUGCUGCUGCUUCUCCAUUAACAAGGAGCCCCUCAGUCACUCAGGCAGAGGCAGCAGCAGCAAAGGAAGACACCCAGCCGCUUCCCAUGUCCAAGGCAACGGUGAAAGAGCCUGGAGAAAAAAACACAGUCGCCAAGCAUAGCAGUCCCACCAGCCCCUCAGACCUUGCCAAGCUUGAGAGCACUGUCCUUCCCAUACUAGGGGCCCAGGCUACACAACCAAAGGACGAUUCGGACAAACUAACCGACUCACUCAAGGCCAGACGCAAACUUGAGGUGCUACCCCUCUCACCUGAAUCUCCCAGCACAGAGGAUGACCCAGAACUCUCAGAGAAGAAGGACGCCUCAGCAAAGAAAAGGCUGCUGGUGCCGACAGACAUCAGGGGUGACUCGUUGGAGGACAGCAGUGAGAGCUUAGGGAAAGAUAGUCCCAUGUCAGGGGAUGACGAAGACUUCAUUCGUAAACAUAUCAUGGAGAUGAGUGAGAACGAGGAUGCUUCGCCGUCUGAUGAAGAAAACCUAAUCCGGCGAAAGAUCCGAGAUCAGGAGAGGAAACGAAUGGAGCAGGAGAAAGGGGAGGGGAAGGAGAGAAGUGCAACUUCAAAAGGCAGGCGGCUCCUCAAGAAGAGCACCAUCAGCCCUGAGGACGAAGAUGAGCGGAAACUCUCACUGGAUAAAGCUGACGAGGCAUGGAAAGAGGGAUCGGAACCCAAAGUUUCAGAUUCUCAGGAAGGGGAACAGCCUUCGGCGGAUAGAGGCGUGGCAGUCCGCCAAUUCAGAACCAUCGAGCUCAACACGACUAGCACCCCUGUGCGCAUACCGGGUACAUCAGAUGAUGGAGAGCUUGAGAUGGAAAGCCUCACCAACUCCCCUGACGAUCGCUCCAGGGGUGAUGGGUCCUCCAGCCUGCACGCAUCCAGCUUCACCCCUGGGACAUCGCCUACAUCCCUGUCCUCUUUGGAUGAGGACAGUGACAGCAGUAGUCCCAGCCGCAUGCACAGUGACGAGGGGAAACAGCACAGGAAAGCGAAGCAUAGACAACAAGGCCAAGGUCUACCCACCAUCGAAGACUCUUCUGAGGAAGAGGAGUUACGAGAGGAAGAGGAGCUGCUAAGAGAACAGGAGAAGCAGAAAGGCUCUGGGAAGAAGUCGAAGAAGGACAAAGAGGAGAUCCGAGCUCAGAGGCGGCGGGAGCGUCCCAAAACGCCGCCCAGCAACCUCUCUCCCAUUGAAGAUGCCUCCCCGACAGAAGAGCUGAGGCAAGAGGCAGAGAUGGAGGAGUUCAGGCGAUCAUCCUUAUCGGAUUUCUCUCCCAGCAUCGAGUCAGAACCUGAGGGAGUUGAGAUAAAUGCGGUAAAUAUUGCAGCAGUACAGAAAGUUUACCAACUUCCUACAUCUGUUUCUCUCUACUCUCCAACAGAUGAUCAAGGUGCUAAUAAAAGCCCUGAAAAACGAGCCCUGAAAACUGCAGACGAGGCCUAUGAAGAGAUCAUGCUAAAGGCUAAAACACCCACAAAAGAGAAGGUGGACAUCCCUCUGGGGAAAGAGUCCCUAUAUGGUGGGAUGCUGAUUGAAGAUUAUGCAUGUGAGUCCCUUGUUGAUGGAAAUGGAAAGAAAGUCCAGCGGCAGGAGCCUGAGAAAAUCUCAGUGCCAGCUCAGCCCAAAAUACUGAGAUCUCCAGAUGAAGUUUAUGAAGACAUGAUGGAGAAGAAGAAAAAAUUCAUGCAGCUGGAGCAGGAACUGAAAAAAGCACAGUCAGUGUCGGAAAGACCCACACCAGAGAUCGUAUUGCAACCCGCUGAGCCAACCAGCUCCACAAGUGUUACAGUUACUAUAGGCAAGGAUGGGAAACCACUGCUCGAUGCUGAGGCUGCGUAUGAGGAACUCAUGAAGAAAGUUCUGACUCCUGGGACUAGCCCGACACAGCAGGGUCCUGAUAUAUCUGGGGCGGCCCCUGGUGGUGAGUUGGAAGGCACUGAAUCCAGAAGGGCUCUGCGUCCCAUACCAGACCUGAGGGUUACACAGUGCUCCUCUGGGGAGGAGGACGCUGAUGAAGAGGCCAGUGAGACCAACAGUAAGGAUAAGCCAAAGACUUCAUCAGACAUUCCUAAAGCUGAUCAGGCACCCGUAACAGCUGCUGCAGAAACAGAGCCCAAAUCAGUUGCUUGCGAGGUCCCCCCAUCAAUAACUUCAGACCAACCACAGAUGACCAUUGAAACUUCCCAGGCUGACCAGCAUGUGGGCGUAAGCCAACAGGAGGUCAUGGACCUGUCUAGUAUGAAGUCCUCAGCCCCUGCUGUUGCCAGUGUAUCGCCCUUACCCACCGUCCCUCAGUACACCCCCACUGUCCCCAGCGUAGUCUCAACUGCCCCACCAGUGCCCCCCAAACCAGCCAUCCUGCACAGAGCUCUGUCUCAGGAAAAAGCAGAUGUUCCUGAACCCCCUCCACUGCCCCCUCCCACCAUGCCAAAGCCAUCGGUUUACCCCAGAAAACCCCCUGUUCCGCUUCCACCUCAGGCCACAAUCAGGUCAGAACCUGUUGCCUUGACAACAGCCCAAGGGUCACCGGUAAGACAACCUCACGUCCCCCCACCGGUUCCUCCAAAGCCAGCCAUCCCCGCUGGAAUGGGGUACAGCCACAGGCCAGGGGAAAAUGUCAAACCACCCCUUGCUCCGAAACCUGUCUCUCAGCCUGGCUCUCCUGCCCACAUCCAAUAUCCAAGACCCACCGCCCUCCACACAGGCCAUGCUGAUAUAGCCCUGAAUCUGAGCCCCUCAGCUGAAAGCAGGCCAGGUCACUUCUCAGGUCACUCCUCGGGUCACUCCUCCGGUCACUCCUCGGUUCACUCCUCGGGUCACCCAUCCCCCACUUCUCCGCGAUACGGCAAUCGAUACGACACCUACGUGGUUAUCACUCUGCCAUCCCAGCCCAGCUCUCCAGUGGAAGGGAUCACCACCCAGGCCCCAUCCAGUCCUGGUCCAGCAUCUCCUUCAAGACUUGCCCAACCUCCACCUCAACCUCAAACACUGUAUCAACCACAACCUCAACCCCAGAAACAACCACAGCCACCUCCACCACACACAAAUAGGGUGCCCCUGGCGUUCACUCGCAUCACUGAGUCUAUGGAAAGUCAGGAGAUAUGUGGGCCAGAGAAAGUUGUGUCAAGCUCCUGUCAUGUCAUCGAGGCUAUUUCAGCAUCCGCUCCACCCCCAGAGGUCAGGUUAGGGCAGGUCACUCAGUUUGUGACAACAGAAGUCCAAAGAACCAUGGUGUCUGUCCGACACGAGAGGUCGCCUCCCCCACCCCCGGCCCCAAGAGCGAACGGUGUCCCAAUCUCACUGGAGAAACCUAAACCACAACAGACACAGAGUACACAGGGCUACCAGCUGGGGGAGGUAGUAGACCUUCGUACCAUGAAGGUGAAUUCAGAAUCGGCCAUGAAAGUGGUGGAUCUGUCUUCCUCAGAUGUUAGACGCCAGUCCUUGGCCACAGACAUCAACGGUCGUCAGACAAGCGCAGUGCAGUCCCCAGUGGUCAAUCUCAGCAUUGAGUCAUCCAGUGUUUCCAUAGUGACUGACAGCAUCACCAUAGUUACAUGUGCUGCCACCAUACAAAGUUACGAAAAUACCAACAUAUCCCAAGUCCCCUCUGUGCCCCUUCAGCUUACAACCACAAACAAAGCCUUCGAGCCUGUUUGUCAGAUCGUCUAUCGCCCCAUAGAUGCACAGCCCACAACCAGCAACAAUGCUGAGAUCCCCAUUAACCUUUCUGUAGGUCCUGGCACAGGCUUAGGGACAUUCCAGCCACCUGUCACCAUCGCCCCUACCUCUGCCCCAGGGUGUGUGGCUAAUGGUCUGAGCAGCGGGGCACCGACAGUAGCAGGUGCGGUGGACCUUAGCACAGCCAAACCCUUCAACACUGUGGUUUCGGUCGACACUUCCUCCACAGAAGUGGUCACGGUUGUGAUCACAGAGGAGGAUGGGAAACCCGUGGACCUAACGGCCGGGAGAAGAACCGUCUGCUGUGAUGUUGUCUACAAGCUGCCGUUUGCAGGUAGCUGCACCACCCAACAGCCCACUACUCCAUUGCCCGAAGACCGCUUUGGCUACCGAGACGACCACUACCAGUACGACCGCUCGCCCUACAGCAUGAGGGGCUUCGGUGGGAUCAAACCCUCCAUGUCCGAUACCAAUCUGUCUGAGGCCGGGCUUUUCCUCUACAAGAGCAAGAACAGUUACAAUUUCAAUGGCACCACAGAGGGUGCAGUAGACCUGACAUCCUCCAAGACAUCUGAUGCAGGUGUAGCUUUGGACUUCUCCACCAAAGGCUCAGGGUUAUAUUCUGAAAUGAUAAUCCCCCCAUAUUCCCAAACCAGAGUCACAGGGGCUGUUGGGACACACUUUGGCACGAGCAGUGUCCUGAGAUCCUCCAAUGGGGUGGUGUACUCUUCAGUCUCAGCACCAAUCCCAUCCACCUACGCCAUCACCACACAACCUGGCUCCAUAUUCAGCACCACCUACAACUCCCUGUUGGCGGGCAUGCACACCAGUGACACCAUGCCAUCCCUGUCCACUCUCCAGAACCAGCCCAUGACUCGGUCCCACAGCUUCAUCACUACCACCUCCGCAGACGAUCAAGGGGACGUCCCCCUCAACCUGGAGCUCUCCAAAGAUGGCAUAUCCACCUCCGCGGCCCUCACCAGCAAAACGGCCAACCUGGCCCUGGAAAGACUGGACUCGUACACGGACGCGUCCCUGGAGGCUAUUGCCGCCUCACUGGAGGCCCUGUCCUCGCCCUGUGUGCCCGGGGAGGGCCAGUACCAGAUGCAGCGUGAUAUUCUGGAGAUGGAGAAGCUCAAGCAGCAGCGGUUGGCUGAAGAACUGGAGUGGGAGCGUCAGGAGAUCCAGCGCUUCCGCGAGCAGGAACAGAUGCUGGUGCAGAAGGAGCUGGAGGAGCUGCAGUCCAUGAAGCAGGCCAUCCUGUGCCAACAGGAGGAUGAGCGCCAGGCCCACCUCAUGAUGCAGAAGGAGACCUAUGCCCAGCAGCAGCAGCAGUUAGAGCAGAUCCAGAGGCUCCAGGAGCAGCUCCGAGCGCAGCUGGAGGAGCAGAAGUUCCGGAAGAUGUAUCCGGGGGAGAUGUUGCUGGGGCACGGCCAGCAGGAGGCUGUCGUCCUGGGGCCGGACGGCACCGAGCUGGCCCGGAAAAUCAUGGAUAGUGGGUGUCAGACGGACGACGAGGACACUGUUGUCGAUAAAGCCUAUAUGGCGGGGAGGAAGAAGAGAAGCACAGCCAAGAAGAGCGUAGACAGCUGCGUGCAGACGGACGAUGAGGACCAGGAGGAGUGGGAGCCUGCUCGGGCCAGACGUAGCAGGCCUCGCACGUCCAGGGGGGACAGAGGUGGACAGACCUCCGAUAUGUCCAUUCAGGCUCACUCUGAGAUCUCCAUACAGACAGACUCUGCAGGGAACGUAAGAAUGGAUGCCAGGAUGGAGCUCUCUGACUCGGAAAGUCCACAUAGGGGAGACAAGAGACGGCCCAUGCCCUUGGAGAUAGAACAGUCUGGCCACCUCAGAGCUAACCCCUCCUGCCUUCAGGCCCCGCCCAAAUCCCCCAAUGUCCUCUACUCCCCCAUAUCCCCCUGCAUAUCCCCGAGCAAAUCCCUUGAGUUUGUGUCCUAUGAGAAAUCACUGGGUGAUACAAGCCCACAGAGAAUAAGAGGGAGUACUGAACCGACCAAAGUCUCUCCAGCCGGCAGCCCCAAGGCACCUAAGGCCAUGCAGAGAUCCAUGUCCGACCCCAAGCCCAUGAGUCCAACUGGAGAGGAGAGGGCAUCAUCCAGUUUCCAGUAUGGCGACAGUUACUCCGGCAAAAGCUCGUCGGGCAGCACCCCAACUGGCACUGGCAAGAAGGUGAAGAGGACCCUGCCCAACCCGCCCUCGGAGGAGGAGGCAACAGCCACCGGACAGACGUCCUACAGCACUGGCUCGGCCCGCCGUCGCAUGUGCCGCAACACCAACAUGGCGAGGGCCAAGAUCCUGCAGGAUAUCGACCGUGAGCUGGACAUGGUGGAGCGUGAGUCAUCCAAGCUCCGCCACAAGCAGGCAGAGCUGGACGAGGAGGAGAAGGAGAUCGACGCCAAGCUACGCUACCUGGAGAUGGGCAUCAACCACAGGAAAGACGCCCUCCUUAAGGAGCGGGAGAAGAGGGAGCGGGCCUACCUGCAGAGCGUGGCCGAGGACCGCGACUACAUGUCAGACAGCGAGGUCAGCAAUAUCCGGGAGACACGGAGCGGCCGCGGCAGUGGGGAAGAUGAAGAGAUGGCAGGUCACGGGUUGGAGCGCCCCAGGACGGCACCCCAGUCAGAGCUGGAUGACUUUGUGCCACCACAGACCACACACGAGGCCCAGUACGGCAAGUACUCCCAGUACCAGUACCCCCUGAGCCAGACGCUGUACCAACAACAAUCCCUCUACCAGUCCCCCCAGUCCUACCAGUCUCAGUCUAUCUACUCCUCAGUCCCCUCCCUGUCUAGCUCCCAGCAGCAGAGCUACCACCAGAUGCUCCUACUCCAGCAGAAGGCAGCCAGGCAGGCGGCCCUGCUCCAAGAGUUGGACGCGUCGUCCAAGUAUGAAGUCAUCAGCCGGCAGCCCGACCCAGUGUCUUCCGCCUACAUGGGAGGGGUCAGGUACGACAAGUACGGUAACCACUUGGACCUCCGGGCCCUGGAGGUGGGGGGCAGUAUGGCUGGCAGCCCCAUGUCCAAUGUGUCGGCCGACUCCUUCUAUGGAGAUGUGGAGCACCACCACCACGCUCCACGAAGCUACGUCCUCCUAGAAGAUGCGGCAGAGCUGGCCAAGAGCUCCACGAGUCUGGCUUCAUCCAGCUACGCCCAGGCCGAGAAGGAGCUGGCUAAGGCAGAGAGGCUGUUGCGGAGAAGUGCAGCCGACCUGACCACAGAAUACCUGGGCUCCAGCUCAAGGCUGCACUCCGGGUACGGAAAGACUCCAGACGACGAGGACUCCAUGGACGACCCCUACGAGCUGAAGCUCCUCAAGCAGCAGCUGAAGCAGGAGUUCCGGAGGAGCACAGGGGGAACAGAAAGCCUGGACCCGCUGACGGGUCUCUCCCACAACUACUACAGCACUCCCAGCACGGGUGUCUCCUCCUCCCAGAGCUACUCCCAAAGACACUACCCCAAGGCGGAGAAAUACAGCAUCAGCCGGCUGACCCUGGAGAAGCAGGCAGCCAAGCAGCUCCCGGCGUCCAUGCUGUACCAGAAGCACAAAGCCCCGCUGACCGACCCCAAAGUCUCCAAGUACUCCUCCAUGCAAGACGGCAGGGGUCUGGAGACAGACUAUACCAGCUAUUUAGGGUCCAGUAAUGUUAGCGCCUCUCCCAGAUCCAGCCGGCUCCUCCAGGACGAGAUCACCUUUGGACUACGCAAGAACAUAGCCGAGCAGCAGAAGUACCUGGGCUCCACGUUGGGCGCCAACCUGGCCGGCUCGCUCAACUUCGGCCAGAGCCUGGCCUUGGACUCGACCUCCUACCCCAGUGGCAGCCGCUCACGGCCCUCUUCCAGGCCCAACUCUGUCUAUGGCCUGGAUCUCUCAAUCAAGCGGGACCCCUCCAGUUCCUCGCUGAGGCUCAAGGGGGACGGAGAGGCUGCCUCAGACAGCUACCAGACGCCCUCAGGGCGUGCCAAGCCCACCAGCCUGCCCAUCGUGCAGGGUGGCCGGGGGCGCAUCCCCAUUGUGGCGCAGAACUCUGAGGAGGAGAGCCCGUUGAGUCCUGUGGGCCAACCUAUGGGCAUGGCGCGGGCAUCGGCGGGGCCCCUGCCGCCCAUCUCGGCCGACUCGCGGGACCAAUUUGGUUCGUGCCUCUCCCUGCAGGACUCCCAGCAGCAGCAGCACCUGAGGGAGGAGCCAACGAGGGGGCGGGGCUACGUCUUGAUGGAUGACCACCAGGGUACCAUGUCGGACGGUGAAGCUUACCACCUACGGCGAGAGGAGACGGACUGGUUUGACAAACCACGAGAUGGACGACCAGAGAACGGACAAGGGCCGGACAGGAGACAGGGGAAGGGUGUGUACUACCCCUUUCCUCACACCAGAGUCAAACUCCAGAGGGAUCCCAAGGACCGCAGUGUAUCAGGAAAUGGAUUGGGUAUCAGAGUGGUGGGAGGUAAGGAGGUUCCAGGGACCAACGGAGACAUCGGAGCCUACGUAGCUAAAGUCUUACCUGGAGGAGUUGCCCAACAGACUGGGAAGAUACUAGAGGGAAUGCAGGUGCUGGAGUGGAACGGGCUUCCUCUGACGGGGAAGACCUACGAGGAAGUGCAGGGGCUUGUGGUACAGCAGUGUGGCGAGGCAGAACUCUGCGUGAGACUAGAUCUGAACAUGCUGGCUGACUCUGAGGGCUCUCAGCACCUUGAUCUCCCGGACCAGAGCAAACCAGGUGACAGACCCCCCAGGUCUCCGGGGGUGGAUCCGAAGCAGCUGGCUGCAGAGCUGCAGAAGGUAUCCCAGCAGCAGGCUCCUCCCCCUACCACCGCCACGUCCUCCUCCUCCACGGCGGGGGGAGAGAAAGGACCCCACUCUGCCAUCUCAGGCACUGCCUCGGCCGCCUCUAGCGCCAUCCAGAGUCCGGGCCAGCCAGGGUCGCCCUCCGUCAGCAAGAAACGCCACAGCAGCAAGUCUGCAGACGCAGUGAAGACACAAUCCCACCCUGUUACUGGAGAGAUACAGCUUCAAAUCAACUAUGACAAACAGCUGGGAAACCUGAUUGUCCACGUGCUCCAAGCCAGGAACCUGGCCCCCAGAGACAACAAUGGCUACUCAGACCCCUUCGUCAAAGUCUACCUCCUACCUGGGAGGGGUCAGGUCAUGGUUGUCCAGAAUGCCAGUGCUGAGAAUAAGAGGAGAUCAAAACAAGCUGGCAAGAGUCUGAACCCAGAGUGGAACCAGACUGUCAUCUAUAAGAACAUCCACCUGGAACAGCUGAGGAAGAAGAUGCUGGAGGUGAGCGUGUGGGACUACGACAAGUGCUCCUCCAAUGACUUUCUGGGAGAGGUGUUGAUGGACCUGUCCAACACGGCUAACAUGGAUAACGUCCCACGCUGGCUCCCUCUGAAGGAACAGAGUGAGGGAGAGCACCACCGGCGCUCCCUUCCAGCACAGGGGCGCCAGCACUCCCCCAAGCCCCCUCGCAGCACGCCUCCCCCAAAACCCCUGCCCACGGUAAAGAGGACUCCCCCAAGCCCCCCUCGCAGCACGCCUCCCCCAAAACCCCCUCCCACGGGAACCAUGACUCGCCCAAGUCAUCGGUCAUCAAGAGUCGGAGCCACGGGAUCUUUCCUGAUCCAGCCAAGGACAUGCAGGUGCCCACUAUUGAGAAAUCUCACAGUAGCCCCGGCACGUCGAAGCCUUCCCCGUCCGAGGGCCACAGCCAACAUACGCCACGCGCGGCUCCACGUGCGGUGCCUCGCAAAAGUGCAAGGCAACACCAGCAGGAUGGUGCCGGCGGUGUCGCAAUCUGUCUCCAUCUCGCCCCGCCCCCUGCCCCCUGCCCCCGGCCUUGACCUCUGCCCUCUACCCCCUUGGCGUGACCCUGUCCCGCGCCUGCGCCCCUUACCCCCUCCAGUCUCCUACCCCCCAGCCCAAAGAGGCCGCCUCUCCCUGAGGCACCACAGACACAGCAUAGUGGGCGUGCUCACCAUUCAGAAAGCCCAAUCCGAUUCGCUCCCCGCCCCGCCGGGCCCGGCAACAUCAGCCAAUGGGAGCCAAGCAGACGGCAGACACCUGACCUUCAGGAAAGCCAUGUCUGAAGAGAGGCCACAGAGGGAAGGAGCACGGCCCGGCAGGUCCGGUGACGCCCCGGUAACAGCCGCCUCAUUGGACAGCGGUCUGAGUGGCAGUGCUUACAGCCUAUUGGAGGAAGAGAGCGGGACUAAUGCCGUGGACAGUGCCAUCUUCCAGGUCCCUCGGUUUGGGAAGAUUCCAAAUGGCACCGACGUGAUGAUUGCACCAAUGGGCCAUAUGGACUCUGAGGGUAAGACCCAGGUAAUGGGGGAGAUCAAGAUAGCUCUGAAGAAGGAGCUGAAGACAGAGGGAGACCAGCUGGUGUUGGAGAUUCUCCAGUGCAGAAACAUCACCUACAAGUUCAAGUCUCCAGACCACCUGCCAGACCUCUAUGUGAAGCUGUAUGUGGUGAACAUUGCGACCCAGAAGAGGAUCAUCAAGAAGAAGACCCGGGUGUGUCGUCACGACCGCGAGCCCUCCUUCAACGAGACCUUCAGAUUCUGCAUGAACCCCACUGGCCACUCUCUGCAGCUCUUCCUGGUGUCCAAUGGAGGGAAGUUCAUUAAGAAGACCCUGAUUGGAGAGGCCUACGUCUGGCUGGAUAAGGUGGACGUGCGGAAGCGAGUGGUCAGCUGGCACAAACUGCUGGCUAGCUCUGCUCAGAUCCACUCCUGAAGGACCUACUAUUAACCUUGUCUAUUCUAUAGGUUCGUAACUCACAGAGAGAAAGACGAGGAUGGCUAAGGCAUUCGAGUUUACUGUCUCCAUCACUGAUCCACUCUUUAUGGACCUACUGGACAUACUCACAGGUCCACUGUUGGGGUGGGUGCGAGGACCGUUAGGGUGCGGGGAGUGAGGGAUCUCUUACGUAUGCUGUGGAUCUUGAGUUUCAGUGUCAAGGGUCAGGGGUCAGGGUUUGAAUUGCUUGAGCUGUGACUGGGGAUUGGGGAGAGAAUCUUUGUUUGAGAUGCGUUCUGGCGAUAAGGGUAGUGGGGAGGAAGUAGGUAUGUGUUUACAAGAAAUUAACUUGUGUUUACAGGAAGUAGUGUAGCCAGGGGAGGGAGGAGGACGUUGUGGCAACAAAGCAAGAACAGAAUCAACCAGGUAUUACACACACGCUCACACACACACACACACACAUUCAAACACACCACAGAGAAAGAUGAUCAUAAGAGACUGACACAUGCAUACAGGGGAUGGACACGUUUAGAUUCUCUCAUUGCUUUAUUUGACUGUAGAUGUUUUUAUUUAUUCAUGAAAUUAUAACUACCUGUGGAUUCUCCUCAUGGCUUUGUAUAUUAUUAGCAGAAUUUAAUUCAUUUAUGAAGCAUUUUGGGAAUGAAAUGUUAAAGAUUUAUUGUAUGGAGAUUGCACCUCUUAUUUUUGUAUUAUAAUUAUGAUUAUUAGAGUUUUAUUGAUUAUUCUCCUCAAUUGUUUAAGUACUCAAUGAUGAAUGAAGAAUUUGGAAUACAGGGACGCACAGUAUAUUUUGUAACAUACUCUCACUUUAAUUCUAAUUCUCGAUUUGAAAUGACUCCCUCAUCUGGCACGAGGCACAAAGCUCUCAGCAAGCAUGUUUUUACAUUUUGGGACAACAAUAUUUCCCCUGUCUGCUUUCAGUCCCCUUCUCUUCUCUCUCUAGAUGUACAUUUAGAUGCUGAUAUAUCAGAUAUAGUAUAUAAACAUUGUUCUAAGUAUAAUUGGUGUGGGUUUUAUGAGACUGGGUAGUCUUGUGCACAGGGUCAUGUUUAUUAGGCACCAAAUGGAAGAAAACCGACUGAAACAAGGAGGGACUACCUGGAGUUGUCCAGGGAGAAAUGCUAAUUUUAGUUUUCAGUUGCAAAAUGUUUUCUGUUGGGUGACCUAAUGAACAUGACAGUGAAAAGUUGCAUUGUUGCCCAUGAGGUUGACUUUGUAUAUAGUUGAGUACACUGUCGUUGUGAAGGAUCAAUAUAUAUAUUUUUAUCACAGACAAUCCAUUCUGGAUGAUUGUAGCUUAACAUUUAAUUUUUUCCUUCCUUUGGAAUGUGAAAUAUUGGGCACAGGCUUUAUCUCUGAUUCAAGCCUGGUUUUUCUCCUAGUAAGAUACAUAGUGAACUCCUAUGCAUAAGACUAGCGUAGUUCUGACUUCUCCUUACAUUCACACAUUUGAAAUAUCACGUCACAUGCACUGUCACGUUUUACUUAGCACUUUGUCAAGUUAUAGAAUGUAUAGAUGAAUAUAUGUCCCCACUCGU